AUGAGCCUCCCUAUCUGUCUGAGAAGAAGCAGCGGGAAAUCUUGGGAACAAAGUCGUUGUGACACGUCGGCUCCGAGUGUUAAACAAACGUCUCCAAAAUACACAAUGAGUGAUUCAGGGCAACAACAAGAGGCAGAGCAAGUGCCUGAGCCUGAGUGGCCUGAGAAUGGAGAGGAGUGGAGUGAUGGAGAGGAUGGGACCAGUAUGGACUGUGGAUUCCUGCAGGCCAUGGCUGAGGAGGAUGAGGACAUAAAUGUCCACAACGAGGAGACGUUUGGAAUGGAUCUCGAUGCAAACGAGACCACUGAUGACACCAACAGCAGUCCCCUUCAGUUUGGAGAGUCACCACCUCUACCACCAGACCCCAGUCCGCUGUCUGGCCACAGUUCCCCCUCCCCUCCCAGACAGAGGCCACAGUACCUCCCCCGGGUUCCCCCAGGGCAGCGAGGCAGAGGGAGGGCACAGAUGAACAGGGGGCAGAUGUUUGAAGACCCAGCUGUGAUGAGGAUAGUAGAGGGGUGCCCAAGCCUCAAGAGUCUUGACAGUGCUAUAGUGGACUGUGGGAUUUCCAUGUACCAGAAAACCUUUGACGAUGAUUGGAUGUCGCCCACUUACAGAAAGACCAGAAGAAUCUCAGGAUCAAUACUUCAGGACAGUGCUGUAGUGUGUGUGAUUGAUGGUGACAGAGGCAGAGGUCAGCACCUGACCUCCAACUUCCUGGAUUUUCCAAACCCUGUCUCUUCCUUCAGGGGCAGGAGAGGGGAACCUCGAGAACCUUACCCCAGGAGACAGUUUGGACAGAGAAGUCCCUUUCAGAUGCAUUCACCCAUAAUCUCAGGAUCACCUGUCUUCCCACGUCAACCACUGACACCACGGCAGCAUUACAGUCAGACGAGGGGCUUCAUGUUUCCUUUGAACCACCCAUGCCCUUCCACUCCUCAGGCUCUGACUCCUGAGAUUAUGCAGCUUCACUUUGGUUCCAACUCACCAAGACCAUCCCCCUUUUACAGCCCCUCAUCUAAUCCAGUGAAGCUCGUCAGGUACCCUAGUCCUGUGGCCCAGCUUCACCCCCAGCACAAACGAAUACUUAGUCAAAAACAACACACAUUCCAAAGAAAAGCAGAGGGCUGGGAUCCUUACUGUAAUCUAAUGACUGCCAAAGAGAAGGAGUGGAUCACCAGGCUGCAGAUGAUUCAGCUGCAAAGUGAGAAUCCAUACCUUGAGGACUACUAUUACCAGGAAUACUAUCGACGGCUAGAAGCUAAGAUGGCCGAGGAAGAGCUAGGCAUCAGGAGCAAGAAGGAGCCGCUGAAACUCACUACACCUUAUAUCAUGAAGACUGAGUUGUACACGCCAGUGGUGCACAUUGAAGGCUCUUUGGGUCAAGUUGCCGUGUCCACAUGUUACUCUCCUCGCCGUGCCAUCAGUGCAGUUCAUGCAGUCCAAGUUCAGGGUCCACUUGAGGAACAAAAGGAUAUCAGACAACAGCGGUUAGAGAUCCUUAGCAAACUGGAAAAGUUGUUCAUAAUUUUGUUGGAGGUGGAGGAGAUGGAGAGGACAAAAACUAGAGUCUCUUCUGAAGCAGAUGAAAGAAGACUGACGGAGAAGACCCAGAAGAAAGUGGAGCACAUCUACUCCCAGCUGCAACACCAUGGCCCCCUAGAUUCAGGAGGGGAGUUUCUUCCCUUCCUGCUGGUCUCAAAAGGCAAAAAGCUUCUUGCCCGUCUGCUCCCGUUCCUGAAACCUGACACCUCUCUGAAAAUCUUGAGCGUUGUGGCCUCUAACCUACCGACGCUGAUGAACAGAGAUACAGACGAGGCCCUUCCGGUGCUAUACCCCUCUCUUCGAAAUGUGAUUGGAGGCCUGACGUUCAGUCAGCUCAUUGGCGUUCUCAAAGAGCUCACAUCACCUGAGUCUGUGUCAGCAUAUGAGGGCCUCACGCUGACAUGUCAGAACAAGUUUGGGCUGUCAUUACUCUAUGCUCUCCUGUCCCAAGGAGAGAAGCUGCUGUCCUCAGGUGCACCUUUAGAGCCCAGCAUUGGUGACUUUGAGGCCUGGACCGACACAAUAUUUCUGGUGGCGGGGCAGCUAUCCCAGUGUUUGCUAGUGGAGCCGCUCCUCCUGCCCUCAAAUCUGCUCACUCUCUUCUGCCGUUACCUGGACAAACGUACUGUGCAUCAGCUGAAAAGCAACAUGGAAUCAGCAACUGGAUUCCUAGCUCUUCCAUCUUGAGGUGGACAGAAGCUGAGAUGUUCUGCUAAUGACUGUUCUUACAAGUAUUAAAGCAAAAGGAGGAUAAGUACAGCCCUAAUACAAACUGUGUUCAGCUUUGGUAUAAUGAACUGUGUUCACAAUGCUUCAAUUCAUUUUCGUCCUCUCCCUCAUUCCUUCACAUUUUUGCACUCUCAAACUGUUUCCCUUAUUUCCUUUAUCUGCUCUUUUUGCUUUCCUCCUCUGGUCUCCAGUAGGUUACAGCAGCGCAAGGAACUUUUUAUUUUCUUUUAUAUAAAAUCUAAUCACAGUUCACUUUCAAAAGAACUAAAUAUCAGGUACAUAAGGAAUUUGAGAUAAAAUGUCAGAUUCAUAAAAAUCAAAUAUUUAAAAUGAAACAAAACAAAGGCACAUUCUAAAGAAAUGGAGAACAUAGUUUAAGGUCUCCUGGUUUUUCUUAAUUUUGCACCCCAAAAGCAUGAUAAACAUCUGUAUUAUCUGAGAAAAGUGUUCUCGUUUUGUCAUGGUUCAUAGUAAAAUUGAG